UUUUACAGGAUUUUAGUUUAUUAUAGAUGUAUUUGUGGUUAUAAUGGCUUCUCUACUAAAAUUUCCAAUUUCACCAGUUUCAAGAUGUUUGAUACAGAAUUCAGUUGGUGUAAAAGCUGCUGGCUGCUCCUCAACACACAGACACCUCCAUCUGGCUAGCAGACAAGCCCAGGUUAAAAAAUCGACAAAAAUAUCGACUUCAUAUCCUGUGGUGGACCAUGAGUAUGAUGCUGUAGUGGUUGGAGCAGGGGGUGCGGGUUUGAGGGCCGCAUUUGGUUUAUCAGAGGCUGGAUUCAAAACUGCUUGUGUGACGAAAUUGUUCCCAACAAGGUCUCAUACUGUAGCUGCUCAGGGAGGAAUAAACGCAGCUCUCGGUAACAUGGAACAAGACAAUUGGAAAUGGCACAUGUAUGACACAGUAAAAGGGUCUGAUUGGUUGGGAGACCAAGAUGCGAUUCAUUAUAUGACAAAAGAAGCUCCAGCUGCUGUAAUAGAGCUUGAAAAUUACGGAAUGCCGUUCAGUCGAACUAAUGAAGGAACGAUUUACCAGCGAGCGUUUGGUGGACAAAGUUUGGAUUAUGGUAAAGGUGGUCAAGCUCAUAGAUGUUGUUGUGUGGCUGAUAGGACAGGUCAUUCGUUACUACACACACUUUAUGGCAGGUCGCUGGCAUACAACACCGAUUAUUUCAUUGAAUAUUUUGCGAUGGAUCUUUUAAUGGAGGAAGGCGAGUGUAGGGGAGUGAUCGCAAUGAGUUUGGAAGACGGGACAAUUCAUCGCAUCAAAGCAAAGAACACAGUGCUUGCUACAGGAGGUUACGGGCGUGCUUACUUCAGCUGUACAUCAGCACACACAUGUACCGGGGAUGGAUCAGCCAUGGUGACGAGGGCUGGACUGCCCAACCAAGACAUGGAGUUUGUACAGUUCCACCCAACAGGUAUAUAUGGAGCUGGAUGCCUCAUCACGGAAGGCUGCAGAGGUGAAGGAGGAUAUCUUGUCAACUCAGAAGGUGAAAGGUUCAUGGAAAGAUACGCACCAACUGCUAAAGAUCUUGCAUCACGUGAUGUUGUGUCUCGAUCCAUGACGAUUGAAAUCAGGGAAGGCAGAGGUUGUGGUCCUAACAAGGACCAUGUAUACCUCCAACUUCACCAUCUACCUCCACAACAACUUGCUACGAGACUUCCCGGGAUUUCAGAAACCGCACAAAUCUUUGCUGGUGUUGAUGUAACCCGUGAACCCAUUCCUGUGCUACCAACUGUGCAUUACAACAUGGGUGGGGUUCCUACCAACUUUAAAGGGCAGGUAAUUUAUUAUGAUGAUAAAUCGUCCAGUGACGUGGUGGUGCCGGGUUUAUAUGCGUGUGGUGAAGCUGCGUGCGCCAGCGUGCAUGGGGCAAACAGGCUCGGUGCAAACUCCCUGCUUGACUUGGUUGUGUUUGGACGAGCGUGUGCGCUUACUAUAGCUGAGGAGAAUAAACCAGGAGAAGAUAUCGGAGAAAUCAGUGAGAAUGCUGGUGAAGCCUCCAUUGAAAACCUGGAUAAACUCCGCUACGCAGAUGGAGCAACGCCAACCGCUGAACUUCGCAACAAAAUGCAACAAGUGAUGCAAACCAACGCUGCUGUGUUUAGAACCGGACCCGUGUUAAAGGAAGGGGUGCAGAAAAUACAAGAUAUCUAUGAUGAGAUGGAUGAUCUUAAGCUUUCUGAUCGUGGUUUAAUCUGGAAUUCCGAUUUAAUCGAAACACUGGAGUUGCAAAACUUGCUACUGAACGCUGCACAGACUGUGGUGGCUGCUGAGAGGAGAGAGGAAAGUAGAGGCGCGCACGCAAGAGAAGAUUUCAAGGACCGAUGUGAUGAGUUUGAUUAUUCGAAACCACUACAAGGCCAGGAAGCUUUACCACAAUCCAAACAUUGGCGUAAACACACAUUAUCAAACAUGAAUGUUCAAACUGGGAAGGUUGAGCUGAAUUAUCGACCAGUUAUCGAUUCAACACUUGACCAAAAAGAAUGCAAAACUGUUCCUCCAGCAAUUCGCUCUUAUUAACUUCUAAAUUAUUAUAAGGAGUUGUGGCAAAGAUAUGGCCAGUGAGAAGUGCCAUAGUUACAAGCCUACGCUCCGUGAAUAUUGUGUUCAUUUUGUUCCAUCAGCUACAUAUUUUUCAUCGCAAAAUAAACAUUUAAGCUCUGCACAUUAUCAAUGUUGAAGUAAUUUGUAUGAAGGGUUACAAGUGUUUAUGCAAUAAAUAGAUUUUUUGCAA